CGUCUGGAGUUACGACUCAAACCCCGUGAUCGCUCAUUUUUAUAUAUACACGAGGGAGGGGAAAAGCGUUUCCAUAGAGAGAGGGGAAAAAAAAAUAUAUCACAGCCCUCUUAAUAACAAUAAAAGAAAAGAGAGGGUGCAGAAGUUGAGGGGAAGGCGCUGAUGUCUCUCUGCUCGGAGUGAGAGCCGCACGCAGCAGCCCCUUCCCAUCCCAGCACCGAGGACUGCCAGGCAACCACCAUGUCCCACGCCAAGCUGCUGCUCCUCCUCGCCCUCCUCUGUGCCACAGAAACCAGCAGGGCCUUCCGCCUCUACAACGCCGCCUCCAUCUUCAGCUGCCUCAACGCAGCCCUCACCGAGGCCCAGAAGAGCCUCCCAGAAGAAAAUACCGUCUUGGACAAGCGUGGCUACGACUACCAUCCAGCAGAGGAAGCAUCCGAGGAGGAGGAGGAGACAGAAGAAGAGAGAGGGAAAAGGACAUUCCCAGGGGAAGGCCAUUACAAAUACACCUCCCAGGCGCAGGUGAAAGGGAAGACCUACCAAAACCGUGCCAAGAGCGACCGCCGCACCAAAGUCACCCUGUCCCUCGACGUCCCCACCAACAUCAUGAACAUCCUCUUCAACAUCGCCAAAGCCAAGAACUUGAGAGCAAAGGCUGCCGCCAACGCACAUCUCAUGGCCCAAAUUGGGCGGCGAAAGUGAUGCUAGCGGGGCAGGGGGUGACUUGGAGCAGGGAUGGCCACACGGGGCCAAUGCCCAGCGCCAACCAGUUGGUUGGAGGGGACUGACAGCCGUGUAUGAUAUCAGUGUUGUUUAUUUUUGACCCAUAGAGCUACCUAACUUUCAUAUCUCUUUUUCCUCCUCCUUUCCUUCCCAAUCUCCCCUAUUCCUCCUCCCAGACAUUUCCAUGCGUGGGGAAGAGGGUGGUGUCUUCAGCAGGGCAGGGGGACAUGUUGUUUUGGAAAGGUCCCUAUUAAAGCUACGAUCUCUUGAGUUUUCAAUGCUUGGUUCUCCCAUCACCUCUAGAAGCUUCUCAUUCAGGUCCAUAGCCUUUCUAAAAGCUCCCUUCAGUUCAACCUUUAUUACAACAGCCCUGGUCGUGCUCUCUCUCAAGUCUUCAAACACAGGUUGUCCCCAUCUGCAGUCACAACUAUAUUCGGAAGGGAAAACCUUGACUGGUCAGAGGUUCAUGCCCCAUACCUGGAGACAUUCAAGGUCAGGCUGUACAGGGUUCUGAGCAACCAGCUGUAGAUGUCGAUGUUCAUUGCAGGGGAAUUAGACUAGACGAAAUUUAAGGGUCCCUUCUGACUCAAACUCAAAUGAUACUCUGGCCAUGAUCUCAGGAGAGAUUUCCCAAUUUCUCCUGCUGGGAACUAUAGAUUUUCAGGUUAUUUUGCAACCACUCUUUUCUCCACCAGCACUUUCAUCCAAGAAUCCAUCACCUUUCAUCCAAAUUAUCAUUUAUAAGCAACCACAGAAUGCAGCGUGGAUUUGCCUCUCUCCCACAGCUCAAGGUGAGUUUGGACCCCAAGAGUCACAAAUCACUUCCCAGUCACUCCAGAACUACCUGCAGGGCUGUCUGUAUUGCCCAAUCUACCCCCACCCACAUCCCCCACCAUCCAUCAAAUCCAGGUGCUUCAUUCCCAAUGUACACCCCUGGUCAAACCAUCCCAGCUCACCUUGAUUCCCUUUACCCACUCUCCAUCAAGCCCCAGAUCAUCAAGCACCCACUUUACCUUGGGCUAUAUAUCCCUUCCUCUCAGUCCUCUCCUCUCUUCACCUCACAGCCCAGUUGCAAGAUGAAACCCUCUCCUGACCUCCAUCCCAGCAUGUGGAGAGAAAAUUGGGAGACAGAGAGAAAUCUGGCCCUCUUCCUCCAGAAGAAAUUUACCAAGAGCAGCAAAACAAUUCCCACCAGUCCCAUCCAUGUCAUAGCUACAGGGAGUUCCAGGUGGGAUAUUACAGAGGACAGGUCUUUGGUUGAAGGGUUGGCAGAUAGACCCACAAGCAACACAGCUGAAUUCAUCCCCAGAGAGAACACUCUUGGGCAGACAAGGCUUCUAGCUGACCCCCAGUUUGGGGCCUUAGAACUAGAUCAAAAAGCAAAAAUCAAAUAAAUCCACAGAUUCUCCAGCAUCUUCCCCUCCUAACACAUCUCCAACAAAAAACACACCAGUGUGCCCGCAGCAUCUCUGUGCAAUAACCCCCUCCUGCCUGCACCCUGAAGCUGAGGAUGGACUGGUGAGCUUAUUCUUUCUGCUAGAGCCUUAGUCUACAUGGCUCUACAUAAAUAUCUACAUAGCUUUGCACAUCUUAUGGCCCAACAAUCUACAUGUCCAUCCCCCAUGAGUAUAUUGAGCUGUUCAGUGGUAGACAGUGUUUGUGCCCAUUUAACAGAUGGAAAACUGAGACACUCAUGCUCACACAUAUCUCCCUGGACAAAGUAAGGUCAGAUAUAGUCAGAUAUCCUCUUGUCCCUUUGUAGGUUUGGCCAGAGAUGUCCAAAGAUCGUCCAUGCUAUCUUUACAAAGCACAGAGGUUGUCUAUAGGUGUUUAAAUGUGUAUGCUAGAACCAGACCAUGACAACAAGCUCAAAGCUGAGCCAGGGACAACAGAUAGCAGCUGAUGGUGAGUGAUGGGGAAAGCAGAGAUCCUCCCUUUUCAGCUGCAUCCCUUUGGGGACUCACCCACAGCCAGCACCGGUUUGAACAAAUCUUUCCAAAAUUAAUCCUCCUUCUCAGCCUCUGCCAAGCGAGGCAGGAGGCUGCUCAGAGGGGCCAAGAGGCAGGCAAAGGUCGGAGGAGCCGGAUUUCCCAAGGAAAUGGGAUAGAAAUAGGAGAGCUGAAAUCUCCAUCAGCCACCACCUGGCUCUGGGAGCAAUUGGAGCCAAAGCUUAACAGGGACAGCACUGAGUUUCAGACAGCAGUUUCCUAAAAGCUGGGUGAGGAUUUGGUCUUUCCUGCCACACUUUGUGCAGGGAUGGAACACAAUUUCAGGUACUGCAUUCAAAAGAUAUUGAUCUCACUUUGCUGGGCAGUCAAGCGAGGGUCUACUCAGACCAUCAUAUCCUUCUGUUCCCACUGUCAGCUCCCUUCCAGCCUCUACAUAAUCCUUUCCCCCAGGCAUCCCCUGGCCUCCAGGAUCCCCCUGACCCUCCUUCUCCUCCUCCUCCACAUGCCAAUGCUCUUUUAUCAUAUAAACGCAAACCAGAGAUGUUGCAGGGAUUUUGGCAAUUCCCCAAGGACAGUAGGUCCUGAAUCCCUUCCCAGAAUCAAGGAGGCCCCAUGCCCAUCUGACUGAGGAAGGAAUUCAGGCAGUAUAAUGUAAUGAGCAUUGAGCAUCUGGCCAAAAAUACUCUCCUGCUGUGUGGGAAGGUGCCCGUGUUCACAUCUAUGAGAUCUUGGCUGGGAAAAAAAAAAACAAGCUGAUUUCCAGUGCUGACCACAAGAGGUGUAUCCCAUAUAUCCCAGAACAUAGAGCACCAGGAACACAGAACAACGGGAUCACAGGGAUCUUCCAUAGUGAUACAUCAGAAACCACCUUCUGGGAUUUCCUUCUCUGCUCUUGAGAUGUCCCAUCUUGUUUUGAGACAUUCUAUCCUACCUUUGAGAUGUCCCAUUUUGUUCUAGGUUGACCUGUCCUCCUCUUUGCAUGCCUUGUCCUGGGAUGUGCUGUCCCACCUGUGAGCUGUUCUGUCCCACAUCUCCAUGCCCUAUCCUGCUACUGGCAUAUCCUGCCCUGUUUUGAGCUGGGCCAAGAGAGGCUGUGACCAGGGACAGAGCCAACUGCAGCAACCCACAUAGAUCCACUGCAGCACAUCUGGUGACAUGGGCAGGAGCACAUCAAGGCUCAAAAGUCAACCCCACACUCUUGAGAAGGAUGAGAAACUCCCUCACUCUCAACAAGUACCAACAACUCCAAAAAUCUGUCCUCUUCCCUUGCUGCCAGUGCCACAUCCUGGCCAUUCUUUGAGGAAAAACAGUUUUUUGUGAGCCCCAGAGAUGUUUAACCUCCCCAUUCCACCUCAUUUUCUGCUCUCCCCUUUCACAGGCCCCACCACUCCUACUGAACCCAGAAGGGGUGGUGAGAUGGAGGUUCACAGAACCACAGAACUGGAGGGUUUAGAAGGGACCUCUAAAGAUCAUUGAGUUUAACCCCCUGCUAAAGCAGAUUCCCUAUGAUAGGUAACCCCAUAGUUGGGUUGACCAAACUAUGUCCAGCGGACCAUACAAUAAGGUUUAGUUGCCUUCAUAGAGCCAGUCCCCACACCUUAGGUAUAGUUCACAUUUUAAUACCUGUGUUGCUGGCCUCUGGGACAUUCCAUGUCAGUGAGUUUCUUGCUUUGGUGUAUGAUGUAUAGAAAAUAAAGCAUUUUCCAUUUGCAGAGUGA